GAAUUUAAAGUGUAUUACGUGUACGUCCGUCAUGAGAUACGCAUGUGUAUUAUUGUUGUUUGUUUGUGUGUGUGGCAAGCGUUUCGAGACGAGAUGCAAGCUUGCGCGUGAGUUGAUGCGAGUUGGGAUGCCUACAGAUCUGUUCUUUGGUCAUUGGGUAUGUCUCAUUGAAAAAGUGAGCAAUCGGGACACAAGGGCCUUUGUUGUAACACCUAGUGGCAAGAAAUAUUAUGGCUUGUAUCAGAUUCCAAGCAGAUGGUGCAGAGAAGGUAAAAAGGGUGGAGAAUGUAAUGUUGCGUGUGAAUCGCUGUUAGAUGACGACAUUCGAGACGAUACAGCAUGCGCCGUCAAUAUUUUCCACCGUGAAGGCUUCAAGUAUUGGACCCAGUGGACUGCAAGGUGUAAAAACGACAAUUUCAUCACUAAAGAAAUAUAUAAAUGCCCAGACUUAGCAACGAGAUCAAGCCCAGACCGUCACAGUGACAGUUUGAAGUUACGAAGAAGAACAGCAAGGAACGCCAUAGAUAGGAGACAAUUGAGUUAUUAUGGAUUACACUGCUUACAAUAAAGCAAUAA